CAAAGACAAGGAACUGGAACAUUUAAGAAUCAAUAUUAAGGUUAAUAUGAAAUGUGAUGUACAACAUAUAUUUGGAUUAUUACACUCCUUCAUUGUGUCAUUUAGUUAAUAGAUAUAAAAAAUAACCUAAAUAUUCUCACUAUGCACAGUCCAAUUUAAUUCUUCGAUGCAUGUUAGUCUCAUAACAUUUUUAUGACACAUUACAGUUUAAUAUGCUGGAGAUAAGUGAGGGAUGGUUUGGUGACUGGGAGAUAGAUAAGUUAACUAAUCAUUAUAACUUAUGGAUUAGAUUCUUGAAAAUUGCUAUUUUUUAAUUUCUUUGCUUAGGGGAGGGACAAGCACAUAAAAAGGAAACAAAAGUUGUAACACAUGACCCUAUUUACUUGAAGUUGAUAAGACCACUUCUCUCUGGAAAUAUUCAUAAUCAGAGAUAGUUUUACUUGCACAAGUCACAACAUGAUUAACACCAUCCUUUGUAAUAUGUCGUGUGGAUAAUCAUAUGUAGGAGAGACAAUUUGUCAUCUUGGAUACUAUAUUAGAGAACACCUGUACAGCAUCAAUAAACAAGCCCUUUGUCCCGUUUCUAAACAUUUCAAAAGUGCUUACCAUAAUGGAUAUUAGACUUUGCAGUUACUGGUAUGUUAUAUGAGAGCAAUACACCCGAUAGAAUUUAUAAUGAAAAUAUCUUAAUAAAACUAUUUGGUUUGUUGACUCCAUAUGGUAUAAACCAAAUUCACAAUUUUAAACAGCUUCAACGACUUUUUCCUGUUUGGUUUUUUAAAAUUAUCCUUCCAGCCACUUUCUUUCUGUCUUCUGAGCUUUGUUUCCAUUAGAGACUUGUGCCCAUUCUUGUUCUUUUCUUUAAUUUUUAGGUAUAGGUAGGAUAUAUUUAUAUUGUUACGUACCGUUAUAGCUUUGAAAAUUUAAUCUUUAAUUAAGAUUUGACUCCUAGAAUAAAUAAUAUGUAAUAAAGGACAGAGAAAAACAGUAUGCGGCAAAGAAAACGAUACCAAAACUAGUAAUACUAACAAUAGUUAAUUUGAUUAUAUUAUUAAAUUUCUUUUCAUAUUCAAAAUAUAUAUAUGUAUAUAUUUUAUGUAAAUUUAAUUUUUGCUUACAUUAAUAUUUUUUGUUUUAAUGAUGAAGGCAUUUUCUUAAAUGUUUAAAUUUUUAUUUUGUCUAACCAUAAUUAAAGUUUAACAUAUAUAAUUUAUUGUUUUAUUUACACAUAUUGUUUCUCUUGUUAUUCAUAAUUAUAUCAAAUCUUUAAAUCUUCUUUUUGAUUAGGAUCUAAUGUCAAAACUUGAAACAAAAGACAAUGAACUUCAAAAUAUUUUGAAGGAUUUUGAAGCUAUGAGGUACUUUUAAACAAUUCUUGUGUAGUCAAAAGUAAUAAUUAUAUAUAUGCUAAAAUUAAAUGCUUACCUUCACAAAUUGAAACGUAUUUAUGGAAGUUAUUAAAAUAAUGUUUCAAUAAAUUUUCACCUCUUAUUUUUAAGGAGCGAUUCCGGUUAUCAUGUAGAUAAAAUUAAAGAACUCACUUCGCAACUUAAAGAACGAAAUGAACAAAGCAAAGAAAAUGUGAGUGCUCUUUUUAAAUAUUAUUACUCAUGAAAAUAGACAGAAAUAAAACUUCAAGCACAAAGUAUCCUGAUUACUUAAAUUAAGUUUUACUUCAAAUAUAUUUAGAUUUAUGACAAUAUGAGAAUAACACAUCAGAAUUGAAGUAUAACCCUUAAAAAGAAAAGAAAAGCAUAUUCACUGUAUGGUGCGUAUAAAAUUGUGUUGGCUGUACACCUUAUAUUAAGAACAUAUGCAUAGUACAGUCACAGUCCUGUAUUAGCAGAUGAAUCAUAUUAAAACAAUUUGCUAUAUAACCAAAAGAAUUCCAGUACAGCAGAUUGUAGAGACACCUUAAUAGUAUAUUAAUUUAAAUCAUGCUUGCAAAUUUCCUGUGCUUAAAGUAAAAGAUUUAUACCAAAUGCUGUACUGUCCAACUUCAUGGAAAUUAAAAAAAUUUUAGGAAGUAAACGUGCAGCUAUAUUAUAUGUUUAGGUCCGCCUAUGACCUGUGAUGCACCCUCCUUGCCCUGCCUCAUUUUCUGUCUCAGGUUGAUCCUGUAGUAUAGGCCAAAACGUGCCAAAGUGUCCUCGUUUUAUAGCCAUUUUAAUUGUUUCUAUAGUAUAGUACUUACUAUCCUAGAGUCUCAUUUUUAUUUUUACUUAGUUUACAUGUUUUUAAUAAUUGUAAAGCGCUUAGAGCUUUAAAGUAAGCGCUAUAUAAAAAUGCCUAAAUAAAUAAAUAUGCUAAAUAGACAAUUAACCCGUUCCCACUAAAAGUCUUUAAAAAAUUCUAGAUGUUUUUAAAAUAUUUAUUGGGUAUCUGUUCCUCUGGUACCAAGUUUGAAUUUUCCAGCCUCACUAGAAGUGCCUCAUUAAAUCUUGUUGUUUUUUUAAUUUUUAUACCUACAUUAAUUAUACUUUAUUUAUUAGAAUUAAAGGCAUUAACCCAAAGAACCUUAAGUUUUGUCACCCUAUAAUUUCAGGAUAAAUCCUUAACAUCACAACAGAAAAAACUUGCUGUUACCCUGAAACAUAAUGAAGAGUUGGAGAAAGAGGUAUGAAUAAUGAAUGAUAUGUUAUAUCAGUGGAAAAUGUUUAAAUUUAUUUUGCAUAUAUUUUAAUUGUGUAGCUCUCAUAUAAUAUUGAAAGCGUGUUCUCUAAUGAUUUUUUUUUAUGUUCAAGUAUUUUAUGGGCACUGAGAACUCUUUUCGAAACCUUGAUUUUAAAAUCAAAAUUUUUGCUCACAUUUUUGUAAUAUUUUUUGUACUCAUGGUCUUGUCAAAAAUUUUGUAACUUUCCAAAUUUUUAAACCUCUCUUUAUUCACUCAGUCACAUGCUAAAUUUUGAAUUCACAUUUCCUUUUCUUGAGGCUUUAUGUGUUAACAUUUUUUCACUGGUAAAGCAGUGUUGUUUAAAUAUAUCUGCUUCUAUGGAGACAUAGAUAUUUAUAAAUGAAAGAGUGUGUCAUAUUUAUUUUUAUUUUUAUGAAAGCUUCUUUUGACUGAGAUUACCAACAAUGAAAAAAACACUAGUUUCAAUGAAUCCAUAAUUAUUUGUGUGCAUCAGAUUGCUUUCUAUUUUAUGUAAAAUAUAUGAGGGACUGCUUUUAAGCAGUUUGAUAUAAACCUCACUAAAAAUAAAUUAUUUUGCAAAACAUUGUGCAAAAUUAUCUUGCUAAUCUAUUUCAGAUAAUCAUUUUACGAAGUAAGUUAGAACUUGGUGACAAGACACUCUUGGAACAAGAUAAAAAACUGAACAGUCUCCACAAGGAGCUAAAUAUUAUGCAAAAGAUCAAAGAUGAAGCAGAAAGAAGAAGGCAUAAUUGUGAGGAGGAAAUGCAAAGGCUAAAACAGCUAACUUUGCAAGAGCAUGAGGCUGCUAGAUUAGCCAUGAAAAAGGUAUUUACCUAA